AUGCCGGACAGACAUCACAAGGCUGGGCACCUGGGUCAAGAAGCAUGUGUCGCAGAGAUCUUAUCCUUCGAUGACAGAAAGAGAAGUCGAGGCGAUGCCGAUACCGACGAUGAUAGCCCGAUGCCCAGUACAUCGAAGAGACGGAGGCCGGACGACGACUUCGAAAGUGACGAUAAAAGAGACCAAAAAGGCUGCACCCCAGGCACGUUCUCACAUGACGACUACACAGUUGGCUGGAUCUGCGCGCUUCCUAUAGAGAUGGCCGCGGCAAGCGCUAUGUUGGACACUGUUCACGAGGCGCUUCCAAAUAGUCAAAAUGAUACCAACACGUAUAUCUUGGGGAAUAUUGCCAUGCACAACAUUAUCAUUGCAUGUCUGCCAUCGGGCCACUAUGGCACAAACAACGCGGCGACCGUGGCGAGCAACAUGAGCCGGAGCUUCCCUUCUAUACACGUACGCCUGAUAGUCGGUAUUGGUGGGGGGAUCCCUGGAAAAGCCGACAUCCGACUCGGCGAUGUUGUGGUCAGCGAUAAAGGAGUGGUGCAAUUCGACUUAGGAAAGACAGUUGGGGAGGCCGUCGCCAAACUACGAGCGGAUCAUGUAUCAAAACCCAGCCAAAUGCCGUCUAUCCUUUCCAAGAUGCUUGAACAAUACCCUCAGAUGACUAAAUACACCCACCGCGGUUCACUGCAAGAUCGUUUAUUUGAUGGUACAUAUGACCACAUCCAGUCGAUGGACAGCUGCGAGCAUUGCGACACAUCCAGAUUGGUGAACAGGCCCGCCAGACAUAACACUGAUCCGGAGAUUCAUUACGGAGCCAUCGCCUCUGGAAACCAGGUCAUGAGGAAUGGGAAAAUCAGGGACCAGCUGGCACAAGAACUCGAUGUCCUGUGCUUCGAGAUGGAAGCAGCAGGAGUAAUGGACAGCUUCUCAUGUCUGGCCAUCCGUGGAAUUUGCGACUAUUCGGACUCUCACAAAAACAAGCAAUGGCAGGAGUAUGCAGCAGCAACGGCUGCGGCAUAUGCCAAAGAGCUUCUCUCCGUCACACCAGCCAGCGGGGUCAAGAAGAUGGCAAAGUUACUUUCAGCUGACACUGAUCGCCAAAAGCAUCUCUUGAAGUCUCUGAGGUUUGAGCAAAUUGAUGCUCGCCGCUCAGGCAUUAAGCCUAACCAUGUGGAGACAUGCCAGUGGCUGCUGACACAUUCCGAUUAUUUGGACUGGCUUGAUCCAAAAAAAGCCGUCGAACACCACGGCUUUCUAUGGAUAAAAGGAAAGCCCGGUGCUGGGAAGUCGACGAUCAUGAAUUUUGCCUAUACACAGGCGACCAAAGACAAGGCGGGCACAGUCAUCUCGUUCUUCUUCAACGCACGAGGCGACGUUUUGGAGCGGUCGACUACUGGGAUGUAUCGUUCUCUACUCUUUCAGCUCCUGACUGCGCUACCAAGGCUCAUCGAGGUGUUCAACGGGCCGGAACACAAGGAUAAACUCGACGACUUGCACGAGAGUAUUGUGAAUCAGAGCAGGCAUCCUGAGUGGCAAGUAGGGGUACUCCAGGGCUUGCUGCGGAGUGCAAUAGCGAGGAUCGAUCAACAACCUUUGACGAUCUUUGUUGACGCUCUUGAUGAGUGCGACGUAGAUCAAGUGGAGGAGAUGGUGGAGUACUUUGAGGGUUCCGGACAGUGCGCUGUCUCGAGCGGAACACGACUUAAUAUAUGUUUCUCUAGUCGCCACUAUCCACAUAUCGACGUCCAGUACGGCCGAAAAUUGACCCUAGAACUUCAAGAGGGACACGAAACGGACAUCGCCACUUACAUCCAAAGCAAGCUCAGAGUUGGGAAAAGUAGAACUGCCGAGGAAAUUAAAACCAAGAUGCGGGACAAAGCGGGCGGCAUCUUCAUGUGGGUUGUUCUAGUUGCCGAAAUUCUCAACACAGAAUAUAGAGGCGGCCGGAUCUUCGACGUGAGGAAGCGGCUUGAUGCGAUACCAACCAAGUUGAGCGACCUCUUCAGGGAAAUACUGUGGAGGGAUCAGAAGAACCUGCAAGAUUUGCAGCUUUGCAUCCAAUGGAUUCUUUUUGCGAAACAUCCGUUGAAGCUGGAAGAGUACUACUUCGCAGCCGUAUCUGGAUUGAGUCCGGAUGAGUUGCGCGAAUGGGACCCGGAGGACGUCACCAGAGACGACAUGGGCAGAUUCGUUUUAAGUUCGUCGAAGGGACUUGCAGAAACAACCAAGUCUAAGAGUCCGACAGUUCAGUUCAUCCACGAGUCGGUGCGAGAAUUCUUUCUGAAAGAUGGCAUACGGGAGUUGUGGCCCGACCUCACAGCAGACUUCCAAAGUUUGAGCCAUGGUCAACUACAGCAAUGUUGUCAUGCCUAUCUCAAGCUCGACAUCUCGGCCUAUGUUCCCUUCGGAACGCCACUCCCAAAGGCAACCUCUGACCCGGCAAAAGAUCUGCGAAGCUCGGUGUCAGACAAGUUUCCAUUCCUUAAAUACGCAAGUCGCCAUGUCCUCUAUCAUGCCGAUGCUGCUGCGAAUGCAUUUCCGCAGGACGAGUUCCUGGAAGACUUCGACCUCGAAGCUUGGAUUAAUCUCGAUAAUCUCUUUCAGAUAUAUAAUAGCCGUCGUCACACGCCGACUGCAAGUCUUCUGUACAUUCUUGCGGAGAACAACCUAGCAAAGCUCAUUAGGACAGCACUCCAUCGCGACUCGAGGAUCAAUAUUCAAGGAGAACGGCAUCGAUAUCCUCUUUUCGCUGCCUUGGCUAAUGGACACCGAGAUGCCGUUAAAGCACUGUUACAACAGGAGGCAAACUGUCCACAAAACGACAUCUCUGCGCAGCUGGGAUAUGGGGGGGAUUUUAGGGCUCGCAAGGGUCAGACGCCGCUGUCGUGGGCCGCCGAGAACGGGCACGAAGCCGUCGUCAAGCAGCUACUUGCUAGAGACGACGUCGACAUCAACGCGAAGGAUAACAAGUAUAACCGGACGCCGCUAUCGCGGGCCGCCGAGAACGGGCACGAAGCUGUCGUCAAGCAGUUGCUCGCUAGAGACGGGGUCAACAUCGACACGAAGGAUAACAAGUAUAACCGGACGCCGCUGUCGUGGGCCGCCGCGAACGGGCGCGAGGCCGUGGUCAAACUACUACUCAACACGGGCAAGGCCAAUGUCGAUGCAAAGGAUAAGAACGACGAGACGCCGCUGCUAUGGGCCGCCAAGAAAGGGCACGAGGCCGUUAUCAAGCAGUUGCUGGCUAGAGACGGGGUCGAUAUCGACGCGAAGGAUAACUGGUAUAACCGGACGCCGCUGUCGUGGGUCGCCGAGAACGGGCACGAGGCCAUUGUCAAGCAGUUGCUCGCUAGAGAUGCCGAUAUCGACGUGGAGGAUAACGACGGCCGGACACCACUAUCGUGGGCCGCCAAGAACGGGCACGUGGCCGUUGUCAAGCAGUUUCUCGCUAGAGACGGGGUCGACAUCAACGCGAAGGAUCACUGGUAUAACCGGACGCCGCUGUCGUGGGCCGCCGAGAACGGGCACGAGGCCAUUGUCAAGCAGUUGCUCGCUAGAGAUGCCGAUAUCGACGUGGAGGAUAACGACGGCCGGACACCACUAUCGUGGGCCGCCAAGAACGGGCACGAGGCCGUUGCCAAGCUACUACUCGACACGGGCAAGGCCGAUGUCGACGCGAAGGAUAACGAUGGCCGGACGCCGCUACUAUGGGCCGCUAGGAGCAAUCAAUAUCUUGCCGAGAAAAGCCUAGGUCCAAACCCAAAUAUCCUUCAGUCUGGAGAAGCUAGGAGGAGUCAUGAUCUUCGGGAUUACCAGAUGCAGCUUAUGCUUCUAGCGCAGCAAAAUGAAAGGAGGCUAAUAGCCAGGCGGGAAGAGUACGAGGCCAUGGUCAAGCUCGCGAGCGGGCGCGAGGCUACGGGCAAGUUACUGCUCGACACAGGCAAGGCCGAUAUCAACGCGAAGGAUAACGACGGCCAGACGCCGCUACUCUAUGCCGCCGCGAGCGGGCACGAGGCUAUGGUCAAACUGUUGCUCGCUAGAGAUGGGGCCGACGUCAACGCGAAAGACAGCUCCGGACGGACACCGCUAAUAUGGGCCGCCGCGAACGGGCGCGAGGCCGUGGCCAAGCUACUGCUCGACACGGGCAAGGCCGAUAUCGAUGCGAAAGAUAACGACGACCAAACCCCGCUGAUAUGGGCCGCCGCGAUUGGGCGCGAGGCCGUGGCCAAGCUAUUACUCGACACAGGCAAGGCCGAUGUUAACGCGAAGGAUAACGACGAUCAAACGCCGCUGCUAUGGGCCGCCGCGAAUGGGCGCGAGGCCGUGGCCAAGCUAUUACUCGACACAGGCAAGGCCGAUGUUAACGCGACGGAUAACAACGGCCGGACGCCGCUGAUAUGGGCCGCCACAAACGACCAAACGCUACGGCUGUGGGCUGUUAAAAACGGGCAAGAGGCCGUGGCUGAGCUACUGCUUGAUACGGGCAAGGCCGAUGUCGACGCGAAGGAUAACAACGGCCGGACGCCGCUGAUAUGGGCGGCCGCUAACGGGCGCGAGGCCAUGGCCAAGCUACUGCUCGAGACGGGGAAGGCCGAUGUUAACGCGAAGGAUACCAACGGCCGGACGCCGCUGAUAUGGGCGGCCGCUAACGGGCGCGAGGCCGUGGCCAAGCUACUGCUCGAGAUGGGGGAGGCCGAUGUUAACGCGAAGGAUAACAACGGCCGGACGCCGCUGAUAUGGACCGCCGCAAACAACCAAACGCUACCGCUGUGGGCUGUUAAGAACGGGCACGAGUCCGUUGCUAAGCUACUGCUUGAUACGGGCAAGGCCGAUGUCGACGCGAAGGAUAACAACGGCCGGACGCCGCUGAUAUGGGCCGCCGCGAACGGGCGCGAGGCCAUCGUCAGGCUACUUCAAUCGACGAAAUAG